CCUCACCCUGUGGUUGGAAAGCGACAGAAAGCUCCGAAAGGCGAGCAGCUAACUUGUGGUCCUGGAGGUAGGGGGGUCCACAGCGAAUUGGGAGUAAUCGAGGGUAAGAGCGCGAACAGAAUUCCCGGGGGGAGAACUUGGCUGGUCGGCGAGCGGGGACCGUGAAGAGAAACGCAAUGCAAGAAACACACUUUCUGAAGUCCGCUUUACCGUCGGACGCCCCUGUUUCCACGUUGGCCGUGCCGCCAGAAAGCCAGCUGGACCAGCGGAAUAAGUACCGGCUUGGCACUCAGCAGAAGAGCAUAAGGGUGCAGGAGCAGGUCAUGACAAUGCUGAAGAACAGUAGCGGCCGGGCUACCGGCUCGUCUAACGCGGGAUCGGUCCUUGAAGGCUCUGGAGGAAUGACAAAGUAUCAGGCAGCAACUAUGCCAGGCUUCAGCUCAAAGUCACAAGUUUACUUAACAGAGAAAAAGUAUUCUUCUGUCAAACCAUCUGUGUACCAACAAGGAGGCAAUCGGAACUGGUCAUCUCGCUCGGCUGUAGGAGAUUUUGCCUUUAAAGGGCCAAGCAGAGCAAGUCAGUAUAGCAGACAGGGGGAGGAAGGAAUCUCUCAGACCAGAUCCAUUUCCAGUCAUCAUCAUUCCAAACCUAGACCAAUGUCCUUUCACCGCUCUUCACAUUACGCAUACGGCCCAGUAUCACAGAUGGGGCAGCAGGACUUUGAUAGCAUGUCUCUGCGCUCAUUGCAGUUGCCAAGCAAAUAUGCUCAGAAAAGUUCAUGGUCCGGAUCUCAGGGGAAUAUUUUGUAUCAGAGACAAGAUGAUGAAGAAAUUAGCAUGAUCUCAGAUCAGGUUGAUAACGGCUAUAUGUCUGGUGGUAAUGAAUACACCAGCAGUGCGAACUACACAAUGCCUUCUCCUCUGAGUCAUCAAAUGAGUGGAGGGGCCUCUUUGAAAAGGCUAUCGAGUGGGUCAACAGGCAUGGCAGGUUAUGUAGCAGAAGAAAGAGAGACAUCCAUCCGUCGAACGGUUAGGCCACCAGCUCAGCGCACACUGCAGAGGGUCCAACAAAACUGCAAAUCCAUGCGUGGAAGAGGAAGUAUAAGUUCACAACAUUCAAUACAGAUACCACGCACCCCAUCUCUGCACAGCCUUUCUGGCCGAGAACAGGGAGAUCAGCAAAUGCAGCAGUUACAAAGCGAGAUGAGCAGAUUUCAAAUGUCACAAAAUGAUGGAAUGAACUUGCCUACAGCUGUGCAAUUUCUGGGCAGCCACGAUGUAAAUAACCAAGUUAUUGGAGCUGGAUACAUUCAGCACACAUGCUACCAUGAUGCAAAUGCUAAAACACAGGCCUAUAACUUGAACGCAAUUACGCUGCUAGUAAAUCUUUUCAACCGUGAUCCAGUGGAGGUGCAGAGAAGUGCUACAGCAGCGAUGCGGAACCUGAUAUACAACAACAACGUAAACAAGCUGGAGCUGGUCAAGCAGAAUGGAAUCCCCAACAUGAUGCAGGCAAUCAGGGUCGCAGAUGAAGAACUGAAGGCCAACAUUACAGGAAUUUUGUGGAAUCUGUCUUCGAAUGAGGAUCUGAAGGACACUCUUGCUCAAGGGACAUUAGAUGAUGUCACUGAAGAAAUAAUUUCUCCUUACUCAGGCUGGAGUAAGAAUAUCAACGUGCACCAGCUUCCUUCAGAGGAUAGUGUCUUCUAUAACACAACUGGCUAUAUUAGAAACCUAAGCUCCGGAAAAGUGGAGACACGUCAGAAAAUGCGACAAUGCAAAGGUUUAGUGGAUUCGCUAGUCUAUUAUAUCCAGCACUGUCUUGAUGUCGGCAAAACCUCAGAUAAGAGCUUGGAGAAUUCAACCUGUGUUCUGCGUAACUUGUCCUAUCGCCUGUAUGAAGAAAUUCCAACGUAUUAUCAGAACCGACUGGAGGGUCCUGGCAGGAAUGACAGAAGUGCAAAGAAUGGCAAUGUUGUGGGAUGUUUCACACCUCAGAGUCGAAAAGCUAAAGAGGUCAAUAUGGACACAGCAAUAUUUUCUGAAGUAUCAAAAAAUCCAAAAGGAAUUGAGUGGCUGUGGAACCCGACAAUAGUGAAAAUGUACAGCAAACUCUUGGAGAAUAGUCAACACAGCCAGCAGACAACUGAAGCUGCCUUGGGAGCUCUGCAGAAUAUUACAGCAGGAGACGGUCGGUGGGCUUCUGUGGUAAGUCGGUUGACAAUGGAUCAAGACCAAACAUGGUUCACACUUAUUGACCUUUUGAAGAACAGUAAUGAUAACAUAUUAAAAGCCUUGACUGGCCUACUUCGAAAUCUUGCCAUACACGCAAAAAACAAGGAGGAUGUCUCAAUCAAAAUCAUUGGACCUCUCUUGAAUAAAUUACCAGAGGAUAUUAACUUCUCUUCAACGUCGGAUGAAGUGGCUGCUAAUAUUUGCACGAUACUCAACAGUCUAGUAGUCGAAACUGUUGAAGCACCCAGACAAAUUGUGAACCAUAAUGGAUUAAGAAAGAUCAUAAACAUUAAAGAGAGAAGAGAUUCUGAAUCUGAGAAAGCUGUAAAAGCUGCUUCUAGUCUUCUGGGAAACAUGUGGUAUUACAAGUCCAUGCAUCGCGAAUAUAGAUCGAAGGGCUUCCUAAAGAACAAUUUUGUGCCUUACUGAAGUAUAAUCGGACACCAGGGCUUCGUUCAAAGCAAGAGACAAAAGCAAAUACUUAAAUGUGCUACUUCAAAAAUAGAUAUAACAAACAUGAACUUUUUUUUUGUUUUCACGUGCUUAACACUUGCCUAGUAGUGUCUGAAUCUAAUCAAAGUGCACUGGCGCUGAACAUUGCCAUUGGCAACAUUGAGAUCUGAUGCAGCCAAGUGGAAAAUGUAUAUCAAAAUGUUAUAUUAAAAUUUUGUAAUAGUCAAUUAUGUGUAUCUGUCUGGAGUUCUAAAUGGGGCUUAUCAAGAUUACUCUUCAAAACUUAAUGAGCCUAUUCAGGAAUUAAUUUUUAUUUGAUUACUUCCGAAGUAGUUUUGCAUUUAUAAUCUUUAAAGACUUUAAUUGAACUAUUAGUCCCGCUUCAACAUGUGGCCAGAUAAUUCAAUAUGUGGAAUGGGUUUACAGUAAAUUUAAAUGAUUAUUAUCAAUGGCUUGGUUUGAUUUAUAAUUCUGUUAAGUUGCCAUUUUCUGAGGGGUAGACUUUUUCAAGGUGAUAUUUACUGAUGUCAUUCAGUUGUAUUAUUUAGUUUGGGCAAAUGGGAUUUGAAUUUGUAUAACAUUAAAAUAUUUAGGUAAUAUGAACCAUAUGCAGUUUAGUUAGCAAAAUAGAAUUAACAAGUGGAAAUGGUGUUAAUGGAAAGUUAAUUCUGGCAUGUUGCAAUUGACAGAGUUGUAUUUUAUAAAACCAUAUUAACACAUUCUCAAAGCUAAGCAAAUUUAAUUGCAUGGUGGCAGCAAUUUUCUAACAUUGAUUUCCAAUAAAUGGUUUAGUUAAAAGUAAACAAAAAGCUUUUCCAACUCCUGUGAACAGAAUUUGAGUUGCUGGGUUAGGCAUUUGGUUUGGAAUGGCACAACUAUGCACAGUGAUUUUUGGUGAGGCAGCAGGCAGGCAGCAAAGAAAUUUAAUGAGGAACGCAAAGGAGUGAGAAGAGCUUUGGUUGUGUAAUGUGAUCUGCACAGAUUGUAAGCACAUCCUGUAACACUCUUGGAAAUGGCAUUUAAAAUGUAGAUGUAUAAUUGGGCUUGUUGACUUUUCUAAUUAGCAAUAAUUAGAAUGAGAUUAACUGUAGAUAAUGUAUAUUUGUAUUAUAGUGUAUCCUUCCCACUACCACCUCAAUCAAUAGAAAUUCUGGCUAAAUUUCUCGAUACAUUUAUUAUUGUAGAAAAUUGCAAUACAUAAAUCCAAAGAAGCAGUUUUAGUGUUUUGAAAUAGUCAUUGCUUCAUUAAACCAACUGAAUGGACAGCCGGGUGCUUUACUGGUAUCUCGGUUGUUGUAUGGCAAUUUUGGGUCUCUUGAUAAUGGCAGACAUUCUUAAUGACCAAAUGGAUCUCUCAUGUUCCCCCAAUAGAGGCAGGAAAAGUGGGAGGUGAGUGCAAAGCAUAUAGAAAAGUAAGUGUGCAGUCUGAUAUGAAAGUUGGAGAAUAAAAUGUUGACUUGUAUUGCAUGUAAGAUGGGAGAACUGCUGGGGAAGGAGGGGUAAAAACAAGGUUUGUUCUUUGACAUGUCAUGGAAUAUUUUCAGAGAACAACCAAAUUCUUGAUAUAAAAAUGAUAUAGUCAUGAUCCCUGUGGACCAGUCAGAUAACCAAGUGACAUGGGGAAAAAAAAUUACUGUAGAUAAAUAGAUGGACAAUUAGGUAUUUUGUAAAUGGCCUUUUUCUUUAAAUAUUACAGUGACAAUUUUAACUGUAAAAUGCCAGCUCUUUGCUUUUGUAAAACUUUGUUUUAAAAAAAAUAAAAAUGCUUUAAUUUUU